AUGAUGCUCACCAUGUCGGGCAGCUCGGGCGCCUUUGCGUACGACCGCGCCAAGCUCUACGCCGACUAUGCUAGCGACAAGACCACCGCGAGCACGACGUACCCCACCGUGACCAAACCGACCCGCCGAUCGAGCUCCGGAUCGUCGGCCGAGACGGCAGCGUCCACAUCGCCGCCGCCACCGUACAAACCCGCGUUUGCUUUCGACCUUCAGGCGAUGCUCGUGCAAGUAACUGUCAGCGUCGAGCCGCCCGUGCCAAAGCCAACGAGACCGACCGCGUUCCCAACGACCAAGCCGCAUCGCGUCUAUGGGGAUUACGUCGACGCUGCGUACAACCGGCCACGAACGAUGCUCGGCUCGUACAACCACCUCCUUCACAACGCCCACUCCAAGUCGGUCGGCGAUAUCACCAAGCAGCAAGGACCCACGAAGCGCCGCAUCUCCCGCACCGGCACGGUCGACUCGAACACGUCGUCCGUCGGCACAGCCACGAGCAGCUCGAGCGACGAUAACAUCAAGCUCCCCAAGUACCGCCCCGCGUUCCGGUACAACCUCAGCGUCAUCGUCAACGACCUUCGAAAGAGCGUCGAGCAACCAACGGCGCGCCGCCCCCAUUCGAGCCAUUCGCGCGUCUAA